AUGGGGGAGAAAGUACUGGUGAGUGGGGACCCCGUGCCCCGUUCACAUGAAGCCUCCUCCCACCUGGUGGGGCUGGCAGCCCAGUCCGCAGAGCCAGGCAGGAGGUGGAACCUGAGAAAUCCACAUGCGGGGACCCCUGUGCUCAGAAGGCUGCACCCUCGUGUGCGCCGUGUGUUGACAGGAACCCAGGCGGCUGACGGCAGCAGGAGCAAAUGGCCUGCUCCACUGGGGACAGGCAGGAAGUUCUUCGGGGCAUUUCUGUUUCAUCACAGCUUUUCCUGGGGCUGGAAGCUGAUCAGUAUCUCCUUUGGGGACCUGAACCCCUUCCCCCUACGCCAGAUCCGGAACCGACGCGCCUACCACUUGGAGAAGGUCCGGCUGGAGCUGACCGAGCUGGAGGCCAUCCGUGAGGAUUUCCUGCGUGAGCGGGACACCAGCCCUGACAAGGGUGAGCUGGUCAGCGAUGAGGAGGAGGAUACCUGAGUGGGUCCCGGGAUGCUGCUCUUCCUGCCUUCACAACCAAAGUGUGCCCAAAGGGUGAAAGCACGCUUAAAAGCCAGAAUGUAACGUGUGUGGCCUCUGGGAAUCUGCUGGGCAGAUGUCCAAAGCCAGACUGCACUUCCUCAUUUCCCACUGUGCGGGGGCAGGGGUGGGAGGUCUCAUCUGUUUACAGCCAUUUCCAUGCCAUGCUUUUGGUUACACGUAUCUCAGUCAUGCUUUCUGCCUGAUUGGUGGAUCCUCAGGCUUACCAGUGGCUAUUUGCAAGAGCCUGUUUCCAGCCUCCGUCAGCCUGUCGGUGCUCUGACCCCGAACCCUUGCUUUGCUGGGCGUCUCCCCCAUGUUCUCUCUCCUGUACAUAGUGGGCAGUGGUGUGUGGUUUUGAAUGGCAGUGCUGUGAAGGAUGCCCACUGUGCUUCAGGCACCUGUAGGCCAGAGGGUUGCUGCCUCAGCAUAAGGUCGGUAUGAAAAGGGACUGCCUUAGAAAAGCAGACACAUCCCUUGUUCAGAAAUGGCCACUGUAGAAAGCCUGUGAACCUCCCACCAGUGGCUUUAAGCUGCCAGCCAUGCCCCAUUUCUAGAAUAGCCUUUGCUCUUCCACAUGCAACCCUUCCAAUAGUGGCUCCCAGCCUGCAUGGGGAGGGCCUGGCUGCCCAGACACCCACCCUCACUUCUCAUGGCCAGCCUGCGUUUGCAGAUCACUGGGCUGCUCUGUCCCCAGCUUGUCGCGUGCCUGGCGUGGCUUGGUGAGAUUCUGUGGAAUGCCCUUCUUGACUUGUGGGAAUCAUUCACCAAGUACGAUGGUUCGGGAUUCCAAGUCAACGGUGGACCGGCAUAUUGCAAAGCAGACCCACCCCUGGGCUGGCCUUGGUCGAGGGGAUGGAGGAAUCUUUUCGGUGGCGCUUUGCAGGGCAGUGGUGCAGCUGCAGCAUGAAUGCUCUUGGACAGUUGAAAACCUUGGCUUCCUUGGAGAUGGCCAGUGCUCCUGGUGUCUCCUCCACCUGACUGGGUUGUGCAGGAGGCCGGCUGCCAGUGCCCGGGGCUGGGAAACUUUUUUGCUUGGGGCCCAGGCUUGGGUGAGCUCUCCCAGGUGUGUGCCCACCCCACCACUGCCUGGAAGCAUCCUUGUUCUCUGCCAGGACACAGGGUCACUGAUGCCUC